AUGACGAUUCCCGAGUACAUUGAGCACUACGAUGGAGCCGACGAGACGAUGAUCACCGUUGGGAAAGAAGACGCGAGAGAGAAGCUCUUCGAAGAAAUCAAGAAACGGCCGGACUGUGAGCGAGCACUGCACCUCGUUGAAGCCAAGUUUAACCAGGAUGAAACCCCGAGUGUCACCGGGGUGGUGAACAGAGAGACAAAAGGAGAACAACAACCAGAAGCUUCUUCUGUCCAGUAUGGAAAUGAGGAAGAGCCGGAGCUCAAAUUGCUGCAACUCUUCGACAUCACCGAAGACGGGGAAACGUAUUUCAACAAGGAAGUGCUCGACUCACUUUGCGAUCAAUGUGGCGAUCGAUCGAGGGGAGAAGCCGAUUUUGCUCCGGGGGAUUUUGUCGGGGGACGCGGUCGAAUCGAAUUCCAACGCGGCUUCAAGCGUCACACCAAAGGAAUUAUGGUUUGGCCAAAAGUUUUCGUUCGAAAAGAUAAAGAUGGGAAUGAGCUAGCCGUCAUCCUAAUGGACACCCAGGGCACAUUUGACACUUCCAGCAACUCGGCCGACUCGGCCAUCAUUUUUGCCAUCUCACUAUUAAUGUCGUCGAACCAGAUUUUCAAUAUAAUGCGUCAAAUUGAUGAACAGGAUUUGGCGGCGUUGAACAUCUUCAUUGCUUUCAGUCAAAGGAGGGAGGAGAGAGUGGGACAGCACUUUCUGAUCAUGGUUCGCGACUCGAUCGCCUCCGGCUUUGACCCUGAAUACCUGGAGCAAAUGAGGGUGGACGCUUGCGGCGUCCCCGAAAUUGACCGCCUCCUUAAUGGAGUCUUUGAAGCUUUCGAGAAAGUGGAAUGCUGGAUGGUGCCCCGACCAUCCAUUGAAGUGAUCAAAGCAUCCGGGAAGAUUUUGGCUGAAGAUUGUGGCAAGGAAUUCUUGGAGAUGCUCUGCGAGUGCGCAAAUCAUGUGCUGGGAAAUUUGGUCCCAAAAAUAGUGAUGGGUACCCCACUCACUGGGAGAACAUUGGGAGCAUAUGUGAAGAAUCUCGUCGAUCACAUUCAAUCAAACAGUCACAGGGCUAUUUGCUCGGCGUUUGCGGCCACCUCACAACUCUUCUUUGAGAAGGCUCGCAUCGCUGGGAAUGAGACUUUUGAAAUGCUUGUUCGCGAGCAUGGUCAUCGCCCGAUUCGACCCCGAGAAUAUGAGGAGGCCUUGCAGAAUUUCAUUCAACGAGCCAUCGAGGCCUAUCAAUCGAAUCAGCUUUUCGGAUCGGCUGAAGAGAAGAGCAAACAUUUUGAUGACUUCCGAAAGCUGCUUGAGAAAAGAUGCCAGGAAGAGAGCUCGAGCAACAAGGAUCGCUAUAGGGACAUUCAAAUGGCGGAAGCGGUCAAUGGAGCUUACGAAGUGUACGAGAAAGGAAUGAGGCCUGAUUUUGUCGAGAGUUGGGAGAGGAACAAGAAGGCUGAGCUUGUGAGAGAACGCCACGAGAAAGCUUUCCCCGAAGCGAUGAAGCAUUUUGACGAUGUUGUUCAAGACUUUCUCGAUGAGCCCGAUCUGAUCGAGGACAAGCGCAACUGGCUCAACAAGAUGAUUCAGGCUCGAUAUGGCGACUUGCAACAAGACAACGCCAUUCAGCAGCUUCACCAACAGGUUGACGAGAUGUUCCAAGGAUUGGUGGAAGAGCAUGGGAAAGCGUUGAAAGAACAAGUCGCCACAAUCAAAGAAGAGUCUGAGAUCAAAAAGGCGAUCGAUGCCUGUCAAGAAAUGCACCAGAGAGAGUACGGGAUCAAAAAGGCUGCAUUCGUUGCCGAUGUGGUGAUCGCUUCGCCUAAAAUCUCUCCCGAAAUGGUCGAGCGUCUGUUAGACAACUUCAGGGACAGUCAAUUGGCGCAAUUCAAGAAAUGCGAGGACAGCUUCGAGAUGGAGGAUCUCCAUUUGAAGCAAGCUGAAGACAAGAAAAGAUUGGAAUCGCUUGAAGAGGAAAGGAAUGCUCAAAUUGGAGAGAUGAACGAGCAAUUGGUGGAAGAGCGUCGACUCCGUGCCGAGGCCGAGAGUCACGUUUCAAAGAUGGAAGCGAUGAACGAGAAUUCACAAGCCCAAAUGGAGCAAAUGCAGCAUGAAAGGGCUGAGCGAAUCGCUCGCGAGGAAAGAGAUCGUCAAGAAAGGGAGAGACGAUACGAGACAGACAUGGAAAUGAUGAGAAUGGAACAACAAGAGCGUACUCGUCGCGACGACGCUCGAGACCAGGAGAGACGCGAAGAGAUGAGGAUGCAACAAGAGGAGAUGGAACGGCAGCGACAGGCACACGAAAAAGAAAGAGAAAGGCACGAGAAGGAAAGAGAAAGGCACGAGAAGGAAAGAAGGAACCGACCUCCGCCACGACGAGGGUGCUCAAUUCUG